AUGACCCUGACUCGCCAGCAGGUUCUGGAACAGUUCUCAAACGACGACCUCGUGUCUCACAGCUACCUGGACCAGUCGCUGCCGAAAUGCGAAGAGAAAAACAUCCAACAGCUGCAGUCAAGUGCAUCUCAACUCUUGUCACAACUGGACUACCACAGCCAGGACCUCACGUGGACGCUCGAUGGACUGCUGACUAAACUUACCCAGAGCCAAAACAAGAUCCGAUACCAGAUUGAACUGCUCACGGGCGAUCUGGACUCUCUGAGAGACAGGGUGGAGUCCAUGAACGUUGAUGAAAAAACGGAGAAGCAAACAGACCCGGAGUCCGGAACAGACCCGGAGUCUCGUGACAAGAAUCCUGACGCCGGUGCGGGUUCCUCGGAUAUCACCGAGCAGCUUCAACGGUACGAUUCUGCGCGGCGGAAAAUGGAAACUGUGAUCAUCAUGCUCCGAAAGGCAAAGGAAUUCGACCAAUCGCAUCUCGACACGAAAAUCGACCAACUCAUAGCCUCUGGGGACUAUGACCAGGCUCUUAAUCUUGUCGACGAGGCCCUCCAGCUCGCCCAGGUGUGGAAGGGCACUGGCGGAUACAAUAGCCGAGUGCGGGCCAUUAUGGCAACCAAAAAGCGAAUUGAGCGCGAAAUCACUAAACGCGAUAGUGUGGAGGUGUCUCGUGAUGAUCGGGCUGACCGUCAUGAGCGCGAGUCUUCGGUCGCCAGUUCUACCAAGGAGUCGUCUCCCAUGCCCGAGGGUUUUUCGCUUUUUGGAGAGUUAUCCAGGCGGAUGGGAUAUUAG